AGUCAGUUCUCUGCUAAAUUACUCUUUGUUAAAGGCACUAUUUACGCUGGGUCGAAAAGCAUUGCAUAUCAUAGUACUCUACCUAUCGAAAUCCUAAAGGAUGAAAAUAUUAUGAGAUAUGAAGCCCAUUUACAAUUUGAAGCACGGGACGAGGAUUAGCACGGUCGACUCGUUAAAAUUGACUUUCGAACUACAGUUUGAGAAUCCACCAAUCAUAAAGCACUUGACACCAUAUGACGAAGUUUCAAAUUACGAUUCUCCGCCGUACGAAAACUUUUCGGAAUUUUUCAUGUCCAAAUUUCUCUCUGAUGUUACAAUCGUAUGUGGCGAGAAGGAAAUUGCAGCACAUAAAUUCAUCUUGGCCAAACGCAGCCCCGUUUUCUGGAAUAUGUUUAGUGGCGACAAUUUGGAAUCUGUGCAAAAUAAGGUUACCCUACUUGACGAUUACGCCGCUGUUUUGGACAUGAUCCGCUGGAUGUAUCAAGGAUCCAGUUCUGAUUUCAAACUCCAGACCGUCGAACUGCAGGGACACUUCGACUUGUAUAAAUUGUCAGAUCGGUACGACUUGCCACGAUUGACGAGCUUCUGUGCAAAAUUAAUUUACGCAGAAAUUAAUGUUGACACUGCAAUGGAGAUUUAUGUCAUUGGUAAAGUUUAUCAAGAUGAGGAAUUAGUGGACAAGUCUGCUUCCGUAAUUAGGAAGUUUAUUAUAAUACGGCAUUCCAAUACUUGCUAAGGAAUUAAAUAUUUGUUUGCAUAUAUAUUUUAGAAAUAAGGCAAAAAUAUUUUCCGACCCAAAAAUAUUUGCCAAAUACGCUGAAGAAUAUCCAGACUGUAUGUAUUCUUUAUGGAUGGAAAGUUUGUAAAAAAUAAGAUUACCCUUCAUCAAUGCAAACGGUCGUUAAGAUAUAUGUUUAUCGAAUACUUAUAGCAUAUUGGAUCUUAUAUUGUAAUACUGUUCUUUUGGCUUGAAAUAAAAUAUUAUAAUUCGAUCAAA